UCUGCUUUGAGUGUUGUGUAGGACUUGGGUUUCUUCUUAAGCGUUUUGUUUGUGCCGUGUUGAGUCUAGUUCGCUCACCAACAUGGCGAAGUCGUUUUACGACCUCUCGGUGAAGACGCUGACAGGAGAGGAGUUGAAGUUGUCGUGUUUACAGGGUAAGGUAGUCCUGAUCGAGAACGUUGCGUCUCUCUGAGGCACGACCACCAGGGAUUACACCCAGAUGAACGAGCUCCAUGAGCGCUUCGCCGCGGAGGGACUCGUCAUUCUGGGGGUGCCCUGCAACCAGUUUGGCCAUCAGGAAAACUGUAAAAACGAGGAGAUCCUGGUGUCGCUGAAAUACAUCCGUCCUGGAAAUGGCUUCGAACCAAAAUUCCAGCUCUUGGAGAAGGUCGAUGUGAACGGGAAAGACGCUCACCCGCUGUUUGUCUUUCUCAAGGAGAAGCUUCCUUUCCCAAGCGAUGAGCCGACGGCAUUAAUGGGCGACCCCAAAUGCAUCAUCUGGAGUCCUGUGUGCAGAAACGACAUCUCCUGGAACUUUGAGAAGUUCCUUAUCGGCCCAGAUGGCGUCCCAUUCAAGCGUUACAGCAGAAGAUACCUGACCGCUGACAUAGAGGGAGACAUAAAGAAGCUUCUGGGCAUUGCCAAAUAAAGUGCUUGUAGUAGUAGUAUGGCUUUUCGUAGCUGGUUGUGCCAUCUUGUGCUCGAUGCUGCUGUGUUGGGACUCUUACUUGAUGAAGAUGCUCUUUUAAACAUUGUGAAGGGCUGUCUGAUGUUCUGUAAAAGUACUAACUCCACAGUUGCAUAGAGCUCAUGUAUGGCACAGCAAGCCCUUUUGUGGAUCAAUAAAUGGUUUCAAGACU